AUGGAUACAUCUAAUAUGUAAAAAUCAUACUAAAUAUAAUAGACCAGCAGCUGGAUCUAGACCAACUAAAUAAACUUUUGAUUAAGCUCCUCUUAUAAGAUAAGUGUAAAAAAUUCCUUAAAAUUAAGAAUCUAAAAUAAAUCUGAUAUUUUUGGACUCAAUUCUCCUGCUCCUGUUCAAUAACCAUCAAGACAGAGCGCUCGUCCAAAAACAGAUAUAUUUAGUACAGAAACUUAAACAAUGAAACAAUAAGAAGUAAUACAUAAUAAUAUACAAGGUUCGAUAAAAUAAAACUUUUCAAUCUCAAAUUUUCUCAUCAGAACCAAUUUAAGAUGUUCCUCCACCUGCUAGAAAUAAUUAAACUUUUGAAACUUCUAAAUAAGAUGUUAAAAGAUUUUAGAAAAAAAAUAAUGAUAAUAGAUAAAUUGAUCAUGGAAAAGAAUUCCUUUUUGGUAAAAGUGGUAAAUUAAAUUAAAUAUUAUGAGAUUUUGAUGAAUAUAAAUCAUUAAAGAGAGCAGUAACAUUAAAUGAAUUCAAACCAAAACUUAAUUAUGAUCCUAAUAAUAGGAGAAAUAAAGAACUUUAUGGAAAUGAAAUUGCUAGAGAACAUCUUCCAACAAAAGAAGUUAAUCUAGAAGUUUCCAGUCCUUAAAAACCUAAAAAAUCAUAAUAAUAAUAACAAUAAGAUCAAAAUCCAAGUAAUAGAAAACNGAUUCAAUUAACAAGAAAUUGA